AUGUCGCGACUUCCUGCUAUCCUUGCAUUUGCGGAGGCCGGCCCAAAUGAAGCAGAAUCAGAUAGUAUAUACAAAUACCUUUCAGACACAGACUUUGAAGAGAGCGAAGUCAAAAGCUGGGGCACAAUUGGUUCUCUUCUUGAAGCAUUAAAAGAAGCAGAAAAUAACCCAGAGCCACCAAAGUUAGGACAAGAGUUUAUUGACUUUGUUUCCAAGCUUCCACCGGGAACAACACCAAGACCAAUUGUCAAAAAGCAAAUUCAGCGCUAUAUCCCUGUUUAA